UGGCAUGGUUUCGGCAACAGUCAUCCUCUGUCGUCAGUAUCAAACGAUCACUGGCCGGUGUCGAACGUCAGGCGAGUGGUAGUCGCGGUGUUCAAAAGCCCGGAACGGUGUUGUUGAAUAAAUUAUCGACGAACUAUUGACAGUUGACGUUUCGUUGUUGUUAGGGUGAGCGGUUUCGAUCUUUGCCUACUUGGACUGUUUACAGCGAGGAGAUACAGCAUUUCUACCAUUGCAAUAGGAAUUGUGUGAAUAGUGGCGAAAACUCUUGUAUGUGCGUGUGUAGAGUUUAGGAAUGGCUUCAGUGAAGUAAAUAUCUGAAGCACAACAUGUUCUGAUGUACAUCAGCUGUUAAGUGGUUAACUCUGGGUUGAGUGUUGUGAAUAUCUUAUGCUCCCUGACUAACGAACUUUCGUUGGUCUAUCGCGUACGUGAGUUCCCGUUGGCCAAGUUUCGCGUCGUGCACGCUACUGGAAGUAAAUCUCCCGGGAAGAUGUUCGCCUGCUCCCUGUGGCUUAUGGCAGUGGCUAAUGGAAGUUAGAUCAGUGUAAAAGUUAUGUUAUCGACUUAUCGGUCUGCGGGAGUCGUUUCCCGUUCACAGUGAGCGUGUUACCAUGGCAACGAACGACCGGACGAUGGCGUGAUUGAAGCACCAUUCAGUGGCGCGUGGAUUACACUGCUGCGGUUUCUUCAUCCGCAAGGGAAAAGCGCGGGAAUCAUAAAGGUUCGAUGCUGGCCGGCGAAUCAACACCGGAAACCCAACGGUCGGCCACAUCCGAUAGUGAAAUCCAACUAACACUUUGUGCGUGCGUGCGUGCGUGCCUGCGGAAACUCGUAUCGGGCCGUAAAAAGUUAUCGCAAAGCAAAAGGGUGAUUUUAUUAGAAUACUGACAACAUCUGACGGACUGCGUGCCUGUGACCUAAGUAAAUAAAACGGCCUAUUUACACUUCUUUUCGUGGUCCGUGGAUGAGAGUGAAGUGCAGGGCCGGACAGACAACACAAACCGAAGGAAUGCGAAACGGUUCCUCAUAAAGUGCUUGGUACGUGUGCCGGAAGCAUGCCGGCGCUGGAAGUCCUUAAUGUGAAAUGUGCUCCCCUUGGCCUCCCUCUCUCUCCCGCACAAACUUUUCCGAUUCCAAAUCGGAACUCGAUGUGUGUGCUUCCACGGUCGAAUGAUUAUUACGAUUAUUACUAAGAACACGCACACCCACACACGCGCAUAUACGUGAAGAACCUCCAUUGCCCUACGGGCGAAUGUGCGAAUUUGACAACCCGUGUCGCACGUCACAGGAUGUGCGAAUAUGAUGGCCAAUAAAGGCAAAGGACAACAGUGCGCUCGAUGGUUGCCGAAAGGGUUAACGACGGAACACAAGUGCUUAUGCGUAUCGAAUCGUAGAUAUCGGCCAGAUUGAGCCCUCGGGGGCUCAAAAAAAACCCCGGGCGGAAAAGCCGUACGGACGGAGAACGGGAGGUCGAAAUGACGGUCGUCGACUUGUCAUAAAACGAUUUUCCUCAAUAGCAUUCGCAGGAGCACAGCAUCAGCAGCGGUUCGCGUCAGUUGUUUUAGGAUAUCGAAAAACGAAAUCGAAAACCCGGCUCAGCGACUCAGAGACGUGUGGAAGGAGAAAGUGUGAAGCAAGUGGAUUUUUCCAAAAUUUAUGAAACGGCCAAGAAAACAGACCCGGCGCAGUGUUUGCAAAUCGUAGUGCUUCUCCAUCUGGUUCCGUCAUAUUUAAGUUUCGGUUUUUUAUUUGCCUCCAAAAAUCCUAAGGACCGUACGCACACGGUACGAGCUUCGUGAGAACGACCCCGUUCGUGUGGAACGUGAAUCGAGGGAAGAAAACAACGCCGCAAAGAAAAAAGUUCGAACAUUCGGUCGAGUGUAAAGUUCGCUAGUGUUCCGAAGAACCAAACAAGUGUUGUCGCCGCCGCCGUCGUGACCACCACACAGCAGCCGCAUCCCGCACAUCGCCGUCGUUGUACGUGAUCGGUAUAAAAGCGGCAGAAAUUAUGUACGACGGCCCGGUUCGACCUUCCCGAGGGCGCGGGCACGGAGCAGGGACAGAGCCGGCGAUGCCACCAAGAAGAACCGGCGCUCGACAGCGAACCGUACCGACCGGUGGAUUAUUGCUGUGGCUGGGAUUGCUGACGAUGUUUGUCAAGGGAAAUCCCGAAACUCGAAGUAACGAGCAGGAACUGAAGCCGAGCUUCGCUAGCCCGAUCGAGAACGUGACAGUUCCUAUAGGUAGAGAGGCGACGCUCAGUUGCAUUGUACAAAAUUUAGGUGCCUACAAGGUCGGCUGGAUGCGAGCCUCCGAUCAGACAGUCCUGGCGCUCCAGGGACGGGUUGUGACGCACAAUUCACGCUACAGCGUAACGCAGGAAGAGCGUGACGUCUGGCGGCUAAAGAUACGGAACGUGCGCGAAUCGGACCGUGGUUGCUACAUGUGUCAAAUAAACGUCACACCGUUGCAGAAGCAAGUAGGCUGUGUUGAUGUGCAGCUGCCACCGGAUAUAUCGGACGAGCAAUCUUCCUCGGAUCUGACCGUUCGCGAGGGUGGUAAUGCAACGUUCUACUGUCGAGCAACCGGACAUCCGGCACCGAAAGUCACCUGGCGACGGGACGAUGGAAAUCCGCUCUAUCUUCUUCGCAACGGAACCGAACAGCGAAAGGUCGAUCAACAUGUUGGCAUCUUCCUGAACCUGACCCACGUCAGUCGGAAGCAGAUGGGUGCAUAUUUGUGUAUCGCCUCGAACGAGGUCCCACCCGCCGUCAGCAAGCGUGUCUAUCUCAACGUUCACUUUCCACCGAACGUGACAACGGCCAAGACGCUGCUCGGGGCGUACGAGGAAUCGGACGUGGAGCUGGAGUGUGAGGUAGAGUCAUUUCCACGCUCGGUCAACUACUGGACCAAGUUGGCGAAGGCGGGUCGGAACAGCCCGAGCGGCAGCUACAGCUCGUCCAGUGCGGAAAACUUCAACCAUCACCAUCAGGAGGUGAUGCUGAACGGGGACCGGUACGAGAUUCGGGAGCAACAUUUUGGCAGCCUGUACGCGGCGAAGAUGACGCUCCGGAUCCGUAGCUUCUCCAUGGCCGAUGCUGGCAGCUACAUGUGCAUAUCAUCGAACGCCUUCGGCAAGGCCAACCGAACGAUUCGGCUGUACGAGAUUAAAAGACCCACGACGACGACCACCACAACGACCACCACGACUACGACUACGACGACAACGACGACCACCACCACUACACAGGCACCACCCCCACCACCGCCACCGACGCCACCGCGCCGAAGAACUACAAUAAUGGGGCCAAGGCCACCGUACGACACAACGCCCUACCCGCCGACCGGGUUCAUCAUCGAGUACAUCACCUACUCGCCAGCCUUUGUCGAGUACGGGGCGAACGGUGAGACCUACAUCAACUAUCCGCAGCUGACGGCCUACUCGAAAUCGUCCUCUUCCUCGUCCUCGUCCUCCUCGUCGGCGAACCCGCACGGAUCAUCGGCAGCUUCGUCGGCGGCCUCGUCUCCACCCUCCACGGUCACGCUGCUCGGGGGCCGGUGGACCGCCGGGACGCUGGGCGGAACGUUCCGUCCGCUGUCCGGGCUGGAGGAUAGAUUUAUGAGCAUUUUGAUCGUGACAGCCCUGUCCUGUGUGUCCUUUUUUCGCUACUUUCAAAUCUAUCUUCCCUGGAUUACACUUUUUCUGCUGCUGCUACUGAUCGGUCGCAAGCCGAAGGAGAAAAUCUCGUCCGAUCUCGUCUUCCACCAUGCGCCCAGCUGCGCCCUGUGAGGACACGGGACCGGGUGCCAUCUGUCACCGGGCCCGGCUACAACGACGACCCAACAAGACAACAACCUGACGACACUGACACUGCUGACACUGGGCGUUCGUUGCGAAAGAGGUAACGAAGGUAAUGUUGUUUUCUAAUUUGCUAGGAUUAAUCAGGAAACAACGACCAUCCUCCCCCGGUACCGGUCGGUUGGAUAUGCAAUGCGAGACCGAAAGAGGAGGGUCCUUGUGACACGGCAUAGAAUAGAUCAAAUAAGCGCACCAACCAGCUGAAGGAUGCGUGUAGCAAAUGAAGCUAGAUACAGAAUAAGGGAUCGAGAAGGACAUUUUCCGACGGGCUAGCUACACGUCGGGUAGGGACGAAGUAAAAGAGUGAAUAAAUAGCACCCGGAGGCGCGUUUCCCACUAGAGCAACAUAAAACGGGAAGCCGCCCGGGAGCACUGUUACGAUGUACAUAUUAAGCAAAUACUUCCAGUAAUAAAUUGCCAAUAGCCAACAAGCAAAAAGAACCGUAUCACCCUAGUUGACAGAUGUGUCCGGCGACCGAGUGGAGCAGUUUAGGAGUAAGCGCCGCACAUCAGAGUACUAAUCAAUAAAAGAAGAAGAAGAACACUGGACAACACUGGAAACAACCAAAUUCACAUACAAAAACAACGGUGUAAA